GUGAUGUUACGUGUUCAGCAACUUCACAGUACAGUCCACGUUCUUGUUCGCAAAAGAAGAACACGGUACCAAAAUUCCGCUUCCUGCAACGACACCCUAAGCUAGCAACAAGCUAGCAAAGGAUACAAAUUGUUUGGUUUCUUCUAUUACGCAAAGGUGUAAUAUACAGUUUUACAUUUUUUGGGAUGAUGCAAGCCCUGUCGACAAGAGGAGAAGCGAGUCAGAGUCUUCCUGCCUGCCAAGCGUAGAGGAAAAAAUCUCCGCUAAACAGUGCGUGAUUUGCUGGGAGCCUGCUCCUGAUUGGCCUACGUGCAACUAUGUCCCACAACCAUUAUGGCUCGUUUUCGAGCCUAAGAAGGCAGACGGACAAUGACCCGCGCAGGUCGUUCUCUGGCGAAAGACUUGGCUUCAGCUCCUCUGCAGGCCUUUCGCAGGCUUAUGACUGCGAUGCGAUCAACACUAGUCAAGAAAUUCAUGCUUCAAAGCAAAACGAUCGCGAGCAAGACUUUCUCUCCUUGGGUACAACAGCAAGGUCUUCCCAAAACAUUAACAGACACUCUGACGUUGGCGAUAGCCCCGUCAGUCGCUUGCCCGACCCUGGCCAAACCUCUGCAGCUGCCACCUCUUCGAAAUAUUAUCAACCAUCAAAAUCAGGAGGACGUUCUUUGCUUCCUGCAUCUAGUGAGGAGGACCGCAACCCCUGCUCCAGUCCUUGCCUACCUUACAGCGAGCCUGACAUGGACCGAUCAUCUGAGUCCCCUCAUUCUAAUUUUACGGCUGAAUCAGCCGCUGACAUUCUUCUGAAAUUUGGACUUGAACACGAAGACUUGGAAUAUCUUUUCUCCUACCCCGAAGACCAGAUCACCCCCGAGACCUUGCCUUUCAUCUUGCGACAAAUUCGCAUUAAGAAGACCAAAAAGGUCUCUGAUGCCAGUUGCUCCAAACCCUUGCGUGCACCGGCCCCCGACCGAGACGAUGCUAGUGGGGACAAUUGGAGAGGUCUUGGACUGGCACAAAAGGACACCCCAGCUCCUCUUCGCCAGUCAAGUAAAGUCAUCAACUAUAGACAUAUGGACAAAUAUACGGGCAGGAUGGAGGAGGAUGUUCAGGGCGUUGAGGCUGACAAUUUGCUGACAAUAAAUGAGAUGGACAAAAGUUGCAGUCAAGAUCUGGUACAGCAGGCGGGAAGAAACACAAAUUCUUCCUUGGAUCAACAGACCAGACCCAGCUCUUUCUUCAGUUUCAAAAGUCACGAUCCAGUCAAACCAGCGCCAGCUGUUGUACAGUCCAUUUUCCCGUCUUUCUCAACUGAAAAGGAAACAGAUCUUCGAAAGGUCCAACCACACGCCCUGAAAUCCGGUGAUUUUGAACAAGUACAGCCUGUGCUUAAAUCCAUAUUAAAGCCACAACCACAAGCCCUAAAAUCCAGUGAUUUUGAACAAGUACAACCUCUGCUUAAACCAAUAUUAAAGCCACAACCGCAAGCCCCAAAACCAGUUCUACGUCACGUACAUCCCAGCAAACCUGAUCUCGUGGUGCUUGGAGGAGAUGAUACCAGCAGCAGCUGUGACCCGUUUAAAAAUAUAGCUCCAGCUAGUGACAACAAGUCCAAAAAGCAGCAGAAGCCUUCACAAUGGAAGAAUAUCGAGGAAGAGCAGUCACAAAAGGAGGUGAACACACAGAAACCACCAGAGGUCAAGAAGACGCAGCAUCCACCGAGCGAGAAGCAGCCCUCUCUGCCGAUUCCGGCCAAAUUGCAAAACCCGGCAAUCAAGCAGCAUUUGCUAGCGAACUUGCAGUUUGUGCCGAUGGAGAGGCAGGAGUUUCACCCUGUGCCGAAAACUUUCCACAUCCCUAGCCUCUUGACCGUUAGGUCAGAUCCAUUGUGCACUUUGGGUCAAAGGUCAGGCGUUGCACAUGACCUGAUACCGGCGCAAGAGACUGUCUUCCCGGGUUUGCCCACAGCAGUCCUGGUGCGAGACUACGCUGCAACUACACCAAAGAUCUUUCCACACUUGUGUUCUCUGUGUAACAAAGAGUGUGUCCAUCUGAAGGACUGGCUCACUCACCAGAACACCAACUCUCACCUUGAGAACUGCAAAGUCCUCCGACAGCAAUAUCCAGAAUGGAAUGGGGAUGUGAAGUCCUGCAAGGAUAAAGCAAGCAAUGAGGCGCCUCCACCAGAGGUCCAAAGUAAGAAACCUCGUCAUAGAUCUCGCUCAUCGUCCCGCUCCAUCACGCCGCGACGUCAUCGAAGCCGCAGCUCAGAAACUCGAAGAGAGAAAAGGCCAAGGAGAAGGACCCGAUCUCGCUCUCCUCAGAGCUCCAGAUACCAACGCAGGUCUCGAUUUCACUCCUCGAGAUCCAGGUCUCGUUCUCCCUCCCCGAGAUCCAGGUCUCCUUCUCACUCCUCGAAUUCAUCCAAGUAUCAUCGUUCGCGCUCGAGAAGCUAUGAGAAACACCCGUCGCGGCGAACGCAGGAGGGACACUCGUCUUCAAGUAGGAGGUAUGAAAAACGGUCCUUUACGCGGAGGAGGUCCUCGUCACGGAGCCGCCACAAAAAGCGCUCGUCACCAGAGAGAAGCCGUGAGAGACUGUCACCUGCCAAGAGGAGGCGUGAAGCGAGCGCCACGCCGGAGACCAGCCAAGAGUUCUUGACCAAAGCAGACAGACUUGCAAAAAAUCUUAUGAAAACAUCAGUUGUCCAGUCUCUGUCAAAGCAGAGUGACAUGGAAGAUAUGGUCAAAAUCCUGGCCCCCGCCUUGUUGGCGGAACUAGCCAAGAUGACUUCUUCCAAAGCAAGACCUGCUGAAACAUCCAAAGCCACCUCAUCGUCCUCUGCAGCCAACAAAAAGCCAGUGGUUGGCAAAACAACGUCUAACCAGCAGAAAGUGUCCUCUGCAAAGAUCGAGUUAGUCAAAACCUCAGGCCCAACCAUCGUGACACUGAAAGGAGGAGUCCUCAGUUCUUUCACUCAAAAAGACAUUGUGACUGCUGUUGAGGUGUACGGAAAAAUCAAAUCCGUCAUCCUGUUUCGCCAUAAAACAAAGGCAAUUGUGUGUUUUGAGAGAAAGCAAGACGCAGACAAAAUGCGGAAGGAAAGGAACAUCAAAAUUAAAGGUUUUCUUGUCUCUGUACAGCAAGAAAAAGAGGGUGUCUCCAGUGUACGAAAGCACAAACCUCAUUUGAAUUCUCUUUCGCCGACCAAAGUCUCUAAGACAAAAACAUCUAAAAGUAGCUCAGUUGCACCUGCCGCUCAGAUUAAAGCAAAGACUGUCCCAAGCAAGCCAAUAAACAAGACUAUGAAAAAGGUUCCUGAUAAGGCCAAGUUAAAACCCACCUGCAAGGACAUUCGUGUUGCUCUGGAACCCACCAGUGGUUCUGCUGAAACACCUGCGACGGAUUUGAUACCGCCAUUAGCACCGUUGCAGAAGGGUGCGCCCCAGCAUAGUUCUGAAAAGGCAGCAUCAAGGGAUGCAGCCCUGAGGACGAAAGUGGUACCCUCACAAGGCCCUGGGGCAAGGUUGGCGAAGGAUUUGGUACAAAGCGCAGACGUACCUCUGAAGGGUGCGACAAUGGAUCUGGUGGAAAACCGUGACGUCAAUGUAACGUUGAAGGACGAUGCAAGUGCAAGGUUGGAGACAGAUGCUGUACCCCUAGAAAGCUCCAACAUACCUCUGAACGGUGUUGCUCCCUUACUCAACUGUGAUGAGGCUGCCACAAUGGAUCUUGUGGAAAACCGUGACGUCAAUGUAGUGUUGAAGGACGAUGCAAAGACAAGGUUGGACAAGGAUGCUGUACCCCCAGAAAGCCCCGACGUACAUCUGAAGGGUGUUGUGGCUGCCUCACCUGACUGUGAUGCAGCCUUGACAAUGGAUCUGGUGGAAAACCGUGAAGCCAAUGUCGCAUCGAAAGAGGAUGCAAGACCAGGGCUGGCAAAGGAUGUGGUACCCCCGCAAGACUUCGACGUACCUCUGAAGGUUGUUUCGGCAUCCUUACCCAACAGUGAUGAGUCUGCGACAAUGGAUCUGGUGGAAAACCGUUACGCCAAUGUAGCCUUGAAGGACGAUGCAAUAGCAAGGCUGGAGACGGAAGCUGUUCCUCCAGAAAGCUCUGACGUACCUCUGAAGGGUGUUGCAUCCUUGGUCAACCGUGAUGAGGCUGCCACAAUGGAUCUUGUGGAAAACCGUGACGGCAACGUAGCCUUGAAGGACGAUGCAAGGGCAAGGUUGGAGAUGGAUGCUGUACCACCAGAAAGCUCUGACGUACCUCUGAAGGGUGUUGCGGCUGCCUCACCUGACUGUGAUGCAGCCUUGACAAUGACUCUGGUGGAAAACCGUGACGCCAAUGUCGCGUUGAAGGAGGAUGCGAGACCAGGGCUGGCAAAGGAUGUGGUACCCCCGCAAAACUUCGACGUACCUCAGAAGGUUGUUUUGGAAUCCUUACCCCACAAUGAUGAGUCUGCGACACUGGAUCUGGUGGAAAACCGUGACGCCAGUGUAGUGUCGAAGGAGGAUGCAAGGGCAGGGUUGGCGAAGAAUGCAGUACCCCCAGAAAGCUCUGAUGUACCUCUGAGGGGUGUUGCAGCCCACUUACCCGACUCUGAUGUAGCUGUGACAACAGAUCCGGUGGAAAACAAUUGCGCCGAUGAAACGAUGAAGGACGAUGCAACAAGCGCCUGGGGGAAUGCUUAUCCAUCUCCUCACAAUCCUGAUGUGACGCUCACUGCAGGGGAGAGGAUGUGUGAUUUUCUGCUUCCACACCGAAUCGCAGCGGUAGUCAGUCCCUACCCCAACAACUAUCCAGAAAAAUUCUCGAAAAAGUGGAGGCAGCUGUUAAUCUACAACUUACCCGUCGAUCAGCACAGCUACUGCGUGCAAGACAUUAUCAAGUUAUUCCUUCAAUUUGGCUUUGAUCCCUGGACUGAUAAUAUCUACGUUCUUCCUCAAUCAAGGAUGGCAUUUGUUGAGCUGAAGCAUCACCAUUGUGUGCUUUCUGCUAUGCAUGCCGGGGAAACCAAUAGAAUAACUCUCAAAGGCCAGAAGUUGGAAUUGCGUGUCCUGAGAGAAAAUGUCCCCAUGUUUCCGAAAGGCUUCUACAAAUGGGUGAUGAAGUUUGCAAAUUUUCCGGCGGAGGUGGAUUACUCAAGAGUCAUCUUCUUUCCCGGCAUCACACCGAGCGAGACGGCCAUUCUUCGUAAAGCUUUGCGAAAGAUGGUCGGUGUCAAAAAUUUUUUGCCGCUCCACAACAAGAGACAAAAGUCACUUGUAACCACAGAUCAACCCUCAACCCACCUUGACAGUCAACUCAAUGAGAAUGAAGAAGACACCGUUUUCUCGGAACAUAAAGACAACGAUGAAGAAGCAGAAGCCUACCAGAAGAUUGAUUCAAUGGAGGAUCAGCCAGCUUCCACUGACAAUGGGGAGAGGGUCUCAGAAGCAUCUGAGAGUCAAGAGCGCAAAGAGUCUCCAAAGAAGCAGGAGCGAACCACUGCCAAAACUCCUGAGCCUGAGAAGGACCUCGUGGUUGAUUCUUUACAAGCUAACGAUUCUAGUAGCACUCCUAUGUCUGGCAAGAGGAGGAGCACCCAGGGAAAGACACAAAAGCACACUGCCAAAAUAUUUGUCCAAGACUCUGUUGAAGAGGAUGCAUUCAUCACCGUGAGGGCUACCAGAAAAAGAGGAAGGCCUCCUAAGAAAGGCACAGCUAGCGAAAAAGAAAAAACUGUUUCCAGAACAUCACCUGAAACUGCUAAGAAAGAAGCGCCGAUUGAGAAGAUGGUUGUUGUCAUAGAGGAACCCACCAAUGAGGUCCUGAACCACAUUAAGGUUCCGGCGCCAAAGAGAAAAGGAGGAAAGGGAAGACCUAAGAAAGAUGUGAAAAAGAUGAAAAAGGACACAGCUGAUCAUGAAGAAGCAGCAGCAACAUUUGAGGUAAUGGACUCUUUGGAGGACGAGACAUCUACUGGGAAGACGCAGAGUAGUCUAAAGAUGGAAGAUGCUACCAACAGGAUGUCUCACGUAAAGCUAAAGGUUGAUGUGGAAGCGACAAACCAAGUGGAAGAUCAGAUUCAAGAAGAGAUGAGCACCACAGAAGUUUCUGAGUCUGGAAAGACGGCAGAACCACAAACUGAAUUGGAAGACAAAGCAACGAGAAGUGAAAACAAACUAGAGGUUGACAUCGAAGAGACUUACCAAACGGAGACACAGAAGCAACAACACUCGCCUCAACCCCUACCACCACACCCCAAGAAAGACCACACACCGCAUGUGACCAGCGCUCUGACACUGGACCAGGUGGGACACGUUGAAGAGGACAUCUUGACAUGCGGCAUUGAGAAGCAAAGCCGAACAGAUCAUGAGGGAAUUUCCACUAGUGAGGACCAGAGCAACACAGAAGCAAAAUCCUGGCAUGAUGUUCCUCAGCCUCUGGAGAACGCUUCGUCUGAUGGACAGCACACGCAAGGUACUUUAACCAAAGCCGAAAAAGAUGUGACGGAUGCAGAGGCCUCAUGUGACACUGCCUUGAUACCGAGCCUCCAUCUGAAAGAGAUGGAGAGGGAAGAGAAAGAUGCAUCUUCUGAACUGCACAUGGAAGAGAUCAAUACAUCCUCAGUGACACUGGACCACAUUGGACUUAUUGAAAAAGAUAUCUUGACUAGCUGCAUUGAGACGCAUAACCAACUGGAUCAUGAGGGGAUCUCGACCAGCAAGGACCAGGAACAGCCAGAAGAAGCCGCUCCUCUGGAAAACGAGGAGGAAGUUUCACUGCCAAAACUGGGUAAUGACAAACGGAUGGUAGAGCUUGCUUCACCGUCAGUGAAACGACUACGUUCUGAGUCUCCGUUUCGUCCCACGGCUUUUGUACUGCCGCCCUUUAAUCCCGACAACCCUCUUGGUACAGAGUUUGUCAACCCAAAAUCUGUUUAUUUCUGCCAUCUCUGUUCCGACGUUUAUCUGAAAGAGCGUAUGGCCAAAGAGGUGCACUGCAAAAGCAGGAAGCAUUACAACAAUUUGAAGAAACACUACAGCAAGUGUGAAAAAGAUUCAAGAGCAUCUACUCAAGGUGCCGCCGUCCCUGACUGAAAUGUUUCCAUUUCGGGUUUUUUUAUGUACAAAAAAAAAAACUUUGUUGUUUGACUUCUGGAUUCUGAUAUUUUUUAUAGCAUAUGCGAAAAUGGAAAUAGAACAGAUAUGUUUUCUGUGUAUACAAAAGAAUCUCAUUAAAUUAUGGAUUCAGAUGCAUAAUGGUUACAGGAAAUAACAUUUUUGUGGUGUUUCUUUCACGAACGUAUGUCGCCCAGAUGUACUGUUACAAAUUAACAUUUUAACGUUUACAGGACCCCAGUAGAGAGGUCGAGUGUAUAGUGGUAUGAAAGAGUAUCUGACCUUUUGCCAUGUGGCAAAAUGGAUUUUGGUUUGUGGCUCUUUUUUUUUUUUGCCGUGUGGCAAAAUUAAUUUUGCCAGGUGGCAAAACGGAUUUUGACAUGUGGCAUUUUUUUGGUAAGUGGCAAAAUGGAUUUUGGUUUGUGGCAUUUUUUUUUUUGCCAUGUGACAAAAAUGAUUUCGCCAUGUUCCAAAAUUUAUUUUGCCAUGUGGCAUUUUUUUGUACGUGGCAAAAUGGAUUUCUGUUUGUGGCGUUUUUUUUUUUUUUUGGGCCAUGUGGCAAAAUUGAUUUUGCCAGGAGGCAUUUUUUUUGUACGUGGCAAAAUGGAUUUCUGUUUGUGGCAUUUUUUUGGGCCAUGUGGCAAAAUUGAUUUUGCCAGGUGGCAUUUUUUUUGUACGUGGCAAAAUGGAUUUCUGUUUGUGGCAUUUUUUUUUUUUUUUUUUUUUUGGGCCAUGUGGCAAAAUUGAUUUUGCCAGGUGGCAUUGUUUUUGCCAUGUGGUAAAAUUUAUUUUGACAGGUCUUUUUUUUUUUUUUUUUGCCAGGUGGCAUUUUGUUUGCUGUGGCAUUUCUUGGGGUAUAUGGCAUUUUUGACGGCCAUGCAAGUACAAAUUUUCCAUUCAUUUUAAAUGGCAGAAAAACAUGUGGCUGUGAUUUUAACUAUUUACUUACUAUUACAGCGCACUGACAUUCAACUGGUGCCCAAGUAAGGCUAUGCCAUUGACGGCUAUGAACGUUCAAAUUUUCCAUUUAUUUUAAAUGGCAGAAAAACACAUUUUUGGCAAAAUCAGCUCUGCCUCAUGGCAAAUACCACUUUUUGUUCUCGGCGCUGCUGUUCUUAGGCUUACCCCACCAAUUUAAUUUUUUUAUGACAUCUAUCAAGCCCGCCUCUUCCCUAAAAGCCAAAGUCAAGCUAGGCGCUAACGCUGACACUCCAUUGCUGUCGUAGCUCCCGGCCUCUUUUGCUCUUUGCUGACGAAAUUCCUGCACGAAUUCUCAUUUGGGAGACUUGACAGUUCAGAUCGGAUUUUAACCACAUACCUCCAGGAUUCCUCAAGUGAAAUUUGACUUUUUAAGGCCUAAAUAAGACAAUUUUUAAAAAACAUAAUACCUAUUUCACAGCCAUAUCGACCAAGAAAAACAAAACCCGUGAAUUUGUGUUGAUUUAUUUAUUCAUCUCAAAAUAACACAUUUUAGAACUAUAAUUGCAAUACUGUUAAACUGCAUGAUUUAACCUUUACUUUCAGCUUUGUCAGUCUUUUUUAAAAUCCGACUCAAAUCUAAACCAAACAUAUAAGAUACUUUAUAAACAUGACAAAUAACUUAUGGUGUGACAUUAUAAUAACAAUGUUUCAAAAUCAAUUAUUUCACAGAAACUCAAGCUCGAUUAUCUGUUGACAAACCUUCACUUGAACAGAGAUGUUGCCUUACUAAAAAAAAACUAAAAAUCAGAAGAUUAACGUCCUGUUUAGAACAGUCCAGGACAUUUGACGCGUCAGUCAUGAAGUGCUGAGCCAAACGGUCGAUUGGCUUUCACAUGUUGGAGUUGACUAUCAGCUCCAAUGCCGGCAUCUCUUCUUCCUUGGACUGCAAAAAAAUAAUUAAAGCGGCUUUGUAAUGGUUUGUUUUGAGAGUGUUUGAUUGAGUGCCCUCUAGUGGCAACAGCGAAUAUGACAACUCAUUUCACAUGGCUGAAACCUGCUGCUCCCUGUUAGGACCAACAUAAGAAAAGUUUCUGUUUGAGCUAAUGUUUUUUCAUCCAUUCAUAAUGUAGUUUAUUGGUGAAUUUAACUUUUUUGUUGGAAUAUGUGUUCGAACCAUUUAUUAACAGCAUUGUAAAAAAAAAAAAAAA